GUAGGAGGGCGUUGGGCACCGCAGCGCCCUAGCCGGGACGCGUGCGGGAGUGCAACCCCGUCUUUUGUCACUGGCCACUCCGCUAGGGCCCAGCAGGGUCGCUCUCCGGUUCGGCGGGUCCCGCGCCCCCUGCACACAGUUGGCCGAGAUGCGGAGGGUGGGGGGCAGGAUGAGUCUCCGCGGAGAAGGCGAGGGGAGAGGCCACUAGGCCCACGCGGCCGGGCCCGCGCCCCCUGCUCCCACUCGGCGCUCGCCCCGCGUCCUGCAGGGAGGCGGGCCCGCCCCUUCUGCGCGCAGGCGCGCGCCGCGCGGGGCUCGGACGGCGGCUCGGCACCGGGCGGCCACGGGCGGGCCUCGCAGGGGUUGUCUUCAGCUUGUAGGCCUACCAGGAUGGAGGGGAAUGCCGAAAUGGAGAUGCUGAGGACACUGAAGGGGCCCUCCACAGGAGAGGUCAACGUGCACCUGGUGGCCAGAGACAGCUCAGGUUCUGGCUCUCACCUGCCCACUACUGCCUUCAUCAUCCCAGCCAGCUCGGCCACCCUUGGCCUGCCCAGCAGUGCCCUAGACGUGUCUUGUUUUCCGCGGGAACCGAUCCAUGUGGGCGCUCCGGAGCGAGUGGCGGGCAGUGUACCUGUCACGGCCACCGUUCUGCCGCAGUUAAGCGCCGGGCCUGUGGCCAGCUCCAGCGCCACCACAGUGCGGCUCCUGGAGUGGACGGAGGCCGCGGCCCCGCCUCCUGGGAGCGGCCUGCGGUUCCGGAUAAGCGAGUACGCACCGCUGAACAUGGUAGGAGCAGAGCAGCCCCGGAGCCCAGAGCUGCGGCCAGAAGGUGUGGCCGAGUAUGAAGAUGGCGAGGCCCCGGCGGGAGGUGGCGAUGCGGGCACCCAACAGCCCGCGGACCUCCCCCAGGACCCUCCGGAAGAUCCCCCGCAGGAUCCCCCAGAAGAUGAUGGGAACUGUCAGUGCCAGGAGUGUGGACCUCAGCAAAGCGCAGGUCCGGAUCCUGGUUCUUCCAAUGAUGACUGCCCACCGCUGUUCCAAGAGCGGUCAGUCAUAGUGGAGAACUCCGGCCAGAGCUCCAGCACCAGCGCUUCUGAACUCCUCAAACCCAUGAAGAAGAGGAAGCGCAGGGAAUACCACAGCCCAUCAGAGGAGGAGUCAGAGCCAGAGGCCUUGGAGAAGCAAGAAGAAGGAAAGGAUCCAGAGGGACAGCCCGCUGCUAGCACCCCGGAAAGUGAGGAGUGGAACAGCAGCCAGCCUGCAUCGGGGAAGAAGGAAGGCUGGUCGUGGGAGCCCUACCUGGAGGAGCAGAAGGCUGUCACCGCCCCUGUCAGCCUCUUCCAGGACUACCAGGCGGUCACUCAUAAUAAGAAUGGCUUCAGACUGGGCAUGAAGUUGGAAGGCAUCGACCCUCAACACCCGUCCAUGUACUUCAUCCUCACAGUGGCUGAGGUGUGUGGCUACCGCCUUCGUCUACACUUCGAUGGGUAUUCCGAGUGCCAUGACUUCUGGAUCAAUGCCAACUCCCCUGACAUUCACCCCGCUGGCUGGUUUGAGAAGACUGGGCACAAACUGCAGCCCCCCAAAGGUUACAAGGAGGAGGAGUUCAGCUGGAGCCAGUACCUGCGCAGCACAAGAGCUCAGGCCGCCCCCAAGCACCUGUUUGUGAACCAGAGCCACGUGAGUGGCCCCGAGCAAAGUCCCCCACCCCUGGGCUUCCAGGUGGGCAUGAAGCUGGAAGCUGUUGACCGCAUGAACCCGUCCCUUGUCUGUGUGGCCAGUGUGACCGACGUGGUGGACAGCCGCUUCUUGGUGCACUUUGACAACUGGGAUGAUACUUACGACUACUGGUGUGAUCCCAGCAGCCCCUACAUCCACCCGGUGGGCUGGUGCCAGAAGCAAGGAAAGCCCCUCACCCCUCCACAAGACUACCCAGACCCUGACAGCUUCUGUUGGGAGAAAUAUCUGGAAGAAACCGGGGCCUCUGCUGUGCCUACCUGGGCCUUCAAGGUGCGACCCCCACACAGCUUCCUGGUCAACAUGAAACUGGAGGCCGUGGACCGCAGGAACCCAGCCCUGAUUCGUGUGGCCAGCGUGGAGGAUGUGGAGGACCAUCGGAUAAAGCUCCACUUUGAUGGCUGGAGUCACGCCUAUGACUUCUGGAUUGACGCCGACCAUCCCGACAUCCACCCUGCGGGCUGGUGCUCCAAGACAGGGCAUCCUCUGCAGCCUCCUCUCCGACCCAGAGAGCCCAGCUCUGCCUCCCCUGGGGGCUGUCCCCCUCUCAGCUAUCGGAGCCUGCCACACACCAGGACCUCCAAGUACAACUUUCACCACCGGAAGUGCCCCACUCCUGGUUGUGAUGGUUCUGGUCACGUCACAGGCAAGUUCACAGCUCACCAUUGCCUCUCAGGCUGCCCACUGGCUGAGAGGAACCAGAAUCGGCUGAAGGCGGAGCUGUCCGACACGGAGGCCUCGGCCCGUAAGAGGAACCUCUCAGGCUUCUCCCUAAGGAAGAAGCCUCGCCAUCAUGGCCGGUGCGGAGGGCAAGGGUGCAGGGCCUCGUGUCCUCUUGGGCCAGGCCAGGCACUGAUUCCCUGCCACGGACCCGGUCCCUCUCUCUCCAGGAUUGGACGCCCUCCAAAGUAUCGGAAGAUCCCGCAAGAAGAUUUCCCAACACUAGCUCCCGACGCCAUGCACCAGUCCCUCUUCACGUCAGCCCUGUCGGCCCGCCCUGACCGCUCGCUGUCGGUGUGCUGGGAGCAGCACUGCAAGCUCCUGCCGGGAGUGGCAGGCAUCUCGGCCUCAGCAGUUGCCAAGUGGACCAUUGACGAGGUCUUCAGCUUCGUUCAGACCCUGACUGGCUGUGAGGACCAGGCACGACUCUUCAAAGAUGAGAUGAUUGACGGCGAGGCCUUCCUUUUGCUGACACAGGCGGACAUUGUGAAGAUCAUGAGCGUCAAGCUGGGCCCAGCCUUGAAGAUCUAUAACGCCAUUCUCAUGUUCAAAAACGCCGAUGACACCUUAAAAAGUGGGACACUCAAAGCUCUGUUGAUUUCCUGCCACAGUCCAGUAGGAGACCCUCUCUUACGUGGGGUCACACAGCUUUGCCAGCACAGCCAUUCAGCCACCCAGCUGAACUCCCACCUGGCUUCGGACGUUCCUUCCCUUCGGCCCCGAGAGGCAGCUCUGAGCACAGGCUUCCCGAGAGGAAAGUGGGCAGUCUCUGCCUCUGGCUGACACUCGGGUUUACGGAGGUUGCAUUGCCCCCUUGGCCAAGAGUAAGGAGGAGCGAGUCUGAGCCUCUCUGACUUGGUUGCUUGGGUGGUGGCAAAACUCACCAGCUCCUUGGCUUUGCUCCUCUUUGAAACUGAGGAGAGAUGCUCACUGGCUUUGUGGUGUGAAGAGGAGGCAGCAAGUGCUCACAGCUGUGCUGCAGGACCUCGCCUGUCCUAGCGAGUAGGCCUGGGACAGCUCUGCCAUGUGGAUCUACCAACCACACUUCUAGUGCUUGCCCACGGGAAGGGCAAGGUGGACUUAGGGCCUUGAGAAAAGGACCCCCAGGCUCUGAACUUUGAGACCUCAGCACUUUCUGCACCAACGUCAGAUUCUUUGGGGAAAAAAAAAAAAAAAACCAUAAAAAGAAGGAAAGAAAUCUGCCCUACUGCCCCUUCACCCCCGUCCUGUCCCCAGACAAGAUCAUCGCACCUUGACCUGGGUGGCCAGUGAAGGGAGAGGGUUGGUGCCAGUGCCCAUGCUAUGUGCCUCUGCCCUGCUCUCCAGCAGCAGACACCGCUUACACUUUGGCCCCAGCAGCCGCGACCCGCCCUUGCCCAGCCCUGGCUUAGGGCGCUGAGGACCAUUCUGUUUAAUUUCUGAAGCAGAGAGAAUGAUCCCAGAGUUCGAAAAUGAAGCCUGUUUGCACUUUCAUUCACAUGCACUUUGGUGGAAUUGUUUUUGUACUUACCGUGUGUGUGUGUGUGCGUGUGCGUGUGCGUGUGCGUGCAUGUGUGUUCUUUAAGAGAAUCCUCUGGUUUAAGAUAAAAUGACUCUUGACUCUUGAGAGAGAAGAAGUUAAAACUGUGGUGUUUUGUCAGUGUAUUGAAACAACAUAAAUAAACUUGGAACAUCUGGAUGAUA